AUGCUGUACGUCGGAAACUUGAUCUACACCGUCCUUCAAGCCGCCGUGAAGCUGUCGAUCGUGCUCUUCCUCGGCCGCAUUUUCCCGUCGGAGACCUUUCGAAGGAUCGCACAGGGCCUCCAGGUUAUUCUACUUCUGCACGGCACGCUCUUCAUCAUCCCAUUCGCGACGCAAUGCGUGCCUGUGCAGUCGAUAUGGGACCGCACCAUCACCGACCGCCGAUGUCUAAACUUGCAAGCUGUGGGUUAUAGCAGUGGCGGACUCGCCAUGGCGGAGGACAUCGCCAUCUUGCUCCUGCCGAUCCCCUACGUGUGGCGGCUCAGGAUUUCUCUCCGGCGACGCCUGGCCGUCAUCGCGCUGUUCAGCAUUGGUUCAUUCGCGUGCGUGACGUCGGCGGUCCGGGUCAGAUACCUGGUGGAGUACAGCACCACGUUCGACGAGACGUGGGACCAUGUCGAUAUUGUGGCGUGGUCGUUCAUCGAGCAGUCGACGGCGAUGCUGUGUGCGAGCUUGCCCAGUCUGCGUCUGCUGCUCGUCAGCGUCUGGCCCCGACGUCGGUCUACGGCGUCGGAAAGCUUUUUCAGCAAGGACAGUCCGAAAAGGUGGACCCGGUCCGUUGACAGACUGAGGCGACACAAGACGCAGAUACGCAGAGACAGCGGCCCCGGGCCGCAGCACACGGGCGACGGCGUGCUUGUGACGACCACGGUGGAGGUCGAUCGGCAGUCCUCCGCCCUUCCCACCGCCUGCCUAUUCUGGGCGUAG